AUGGGUGGUUCCAACCGAGAAGGCGGCAAGGCCAAGCCCUUGAAGGCCCCGAAGAAGCAGAACAAGGAUCUCGACGAGGAUGACUUGGCUUACCUCGAGAAGAAGAAGGCCGACGAGAAGGCGCGCAAGGAGAUGGCGGCCAAGGCCGGCGGCAAGGGACCUCUGAACACCGGUACCCAGGGCAUCAAGAAGAGCGGCAAGAAAUAA